CCCCUUCUCUCUGGGGAGCAGAGUCCAGGACCUCCCAGCACAGGCAUUUGGACAGAGCGAGCGCCGCAGCCUCCGCGAUGCCCGGAUGUGCCUCCCGGCCUCACCCUCCCGUGCCUUCCCUGCUGCUGACUCUGCUGCUGCUCCUCACAGGAGCGGCAGGACAGGAGGAGGAGGAGCUGCGGGUGACUCAGCCUGACAAGUCAGUGUCGGUCAAAGCCGGGGAGUUGGUCACCCUGCGUUGCAUCCACUCCUCUCUGCACCCCGCGGGGGACACCAAGUGGUUCAAGAGGGCUGGGCCAGACCAGGAGUUAAUCUAUGAAUUCAAAGGAGGCCACUUCCCCCGAGUAAAAACUGUUACAGAUGCCACAAAGGGAGGCAACCUGGACUUUUCCAUCCACAUCAGUAGCAUCACCCCGUCUGACACCGGCACCUACUACUGUGUGAAGUUCCAGAAAGGGACCCCAGACACGGAGUACAAGUCUGGUCCGGGCACCCGGGUGUCCGUGAGUGGAAGGAGGGAGCUGAAGGGCCCAGAGUGCUAUACUACAUUUCUUGUAGCUCUUCUGCUAAUCUACAAGGUGCUGCUGGCUGUAGGUGCCUCUGCCGUCUAUGUCCACAGGAAGCUGAGGGCCUGACUCUCCUUCCUUCUUGCCCUGCUACAGGGGACACUCAGUCUCUACUGCCUCCUUCCAGCCUGCAAGAUGGAGCUGCCUGGGAGCAUCUGCAGACUCUGCUCCAGGACCUCCCCUCCUGGACAUAUUCUCCUGUUCAUCCUUUUCACUGUCCCUGAUGCCCCAGGGCUGGGUUGUGGGACCUGGUCUAGGAACCGACUCACUGCCCUUCCCCAGAAUGUGAGAGACAAGUCGAGUCUCCUAAACACAUCAAGACAUCUCUUAUCCAUUGCCUUGGACUUGGCCAGAAACCACAUACUUAUGUCCAUGCUCUUAAGAGUCAUUUUCAUCUUGUGGAUUUCUGUCCACCCUGACUCCACAGCCUUGCUGAGGUUCUCUGCUGCCCUGACUAUAAAUGAAUGUAAAAGGAAAGUGUCCUUCUCUUCCUCUUUGCCUAAGUGUCCAGCUCCUGAAACCCAGCAGU